CAGUGAUCUUUAUUGUCGUCACUAGCAGUGCGUCUGGGCUGAGUGUCAGAGUGGGGUGUAAUCGGUAGACAUGGCGGAGAUGAGGAGGGCCGUGUGAUGCCCGGGGAGGAGCGGAACAGUGAAGCGGACGGAGACGCCUUCUAGCAUGGGAAUCCUAUUCACCAAGAUAUGGAGGCUUUUCAGCAACCAGGAGCACAAAGUGAUUAUUGUGGGGCUGGAUAAUGCUGGGAAGACAACAAUAUUAUAUCAGUUUUCCAUGAAUGAGGUGGUGCACACGUCCCCAACAAUAGGGAGCAAUGUGGAAGAAAUUGUAGUGAACAAUACUCGCUUUCUGAUGUGGGAUAUCGGAGGACAGGAAUCUCUCCGAUCUUCAUGGAACACUUAUUACACAAACACCGAGUUUGUAAUCGUUGUUGUGGACAGCACCGAUAGAGAACGCAUUUCAGUGACCAGAGAAGAACUUUAUAAAAUGUUAUCCCAUGAGGACCUGAAGAAGGCGGGGCUGCUGGUCUUUGCAAACAAGCAAGAUGUGAAGGAAUGUAUGAGCGUAGCAGAGAUUUCACAGUACUUGAAGUUGACGUCAUUGAAAGAUCAUCAGUGGCACAUACAGGCAUGCUGUGCUCUCACUGGAGAAGGCCUCUGUCAAGGACUUGAGUGGAUGAUGUCAAGACUGAAAUCUAGAUGACCCCAAAUAGACCUGCAGAGACACUAGACUGCUAACAACACUGUAUUUAUGAAUCCCUGGACUGCUGCAAACCUUCAACAAGUAUUUAUAAUCCUAGUGUUCCACCGGUGUCAGAGAGCAAUCUCUCAGAAGGCAAAAAAAAACAAUAAUAAAUCUGUGACUACUUCUGAAAGCUGUGAUUGGCCUGGCCAUUAUUUUCAGCCCUCCUCUACGAAACUUCAAAGGAGACGGGGAGAUUUUUAAAACUUUUUACAAUGACGGUUUUACAAGUGACUGUGGCCCGCGAUGGACACACUGAUCAGAUGAACUAAGAACAUCGAUAAUGGCUGAGCAGUAUUUUUUUCUUCUUUUUUUUUUAAACUACUGAGAGGAUCCCGACUGAACCUCAGCAAUGUGCAGCUCUCUGUUGGGGGAACUGCAAGUCUCAGCGUGCCUUGUCCAACAUACUAGGACUUGUAGUUCCAGAGAUGAGAGAGAUGCAUAUUUUACAUUCUCUAACUAGAAUCCUGUACAUAUCUUUGUAUUUCCUAUGUGUACGCAUGCUCCUUUUAUUGUACCAAUGUAUGGAAGAAUUGCCUUGACAACAGUUAAAAUUGCACAGUUCUAAUUUUAGAGGACCUCUCGCUUUUGAAACGUCUUCUUAAUCCGUCAGCUGAAUGCAAAUUGUGAAACUUUUUUUUUUUUUUCUAAUAUAUUUUAUUUGUCAAAAAAUGGUUGAAGUGCUACCUCCAUCAUAGAAAGGUCUUGGCUGAUAGUCUGGCCUGUGGUGUCUAUAUUAGGACUGAACAUCUUAAAGGUAAUCUGCCAACCAAUUCAAGUUUUUAAUAGUAGGGCCUCAUUUACAUGGGCGGCUGAAGGGCAGUAAAAAAACUGGUUGAGCUGCGGUUUUACCAACUGCUGAACCUUAAAGCGGAGCUCCACCCUAAAGUGGAACUUCCGCUCAUCGGAACCCCCCCCCCCCUCCGGUGUCACAUUUGACACCUUUCAGUGGGGUCCAGAUACCUAUCUUAAGACAGGAAUUUGCACCCACUUCCGGGAGUCCUCUCUGUAGGGAUUCUGCGGGUAGUUCGUCACUUCCCGCCCAUUGUGUUCUGUGAAACAUUCGGCUCCCAGAAUCAGGGGUCAAGUCCUGGGGAAAAAAGUGUGGGAACUCCCACCCAAGAUCCACUCCCCCAC